CAAAAUCUGGUUGCUCAGCAGCGCCGCUUGCUCUCGCCUAGCGGCAAUACCCAUCAGUUACAGUAUUAUCAGACCCCUCAUGACCACGAAUGAGCCAAUAGGCUCCAGGAGGCAGAGUUCUCCCCGUGGCCGCCAUUAUAGAAAGGAAUCCAUGAAUUCAAAUGGAAACCAUCAGGAACAGAGACCGAAAUAAUGGCUAAAAUGACCGGAUAUUUUUAAUCAUACGUUAGGUUUCGAGAAUCUUUUUACGGAAUGUUUUUCGAUUUUAAGUCUAUUCCGGUGGCGAUGGAGGCGUAGAGGGUCGUUUUAGUAAAGACCGUUGUAAGCUAAGGGGGAGGGGGAGAGUUGCUUCUUUGCUCUCCCUUUUCUUUUUGUUUUAAGAACAUUUUACGCUUGUGUUUUUAAUGAAGUUUAUAUAUGUUCGCUUAUUCGACGCGGAGUUGCGCUGCUUCUAAUAUUUAAGGCGAUAUUUAAAGCGAACAAGAGCAGUCGUAUGGGGUUGUUGAAUUACAUUCUCCAACCGAUUGUUUAAAAUAAUUCUCUUAGCUCUGCUUAAAGCCAUCAUACAAAAUACAUUCGAAAACCGUUCUUUCUUUCCUGGGAACUGUAAUGUUGGAAUGUUCGACCCCGCUGUGAAAGGAUGAGUUCUUGUUUUGUACCAAACGGGGCCAGCUUGGAGGAUUGCCAUUCCAAUCUAUUCUGUCUGGCUGACCUGACAGGCAUAAAAUGGAGGCGGUACGUAUGGCAGGGGCCCACCUCAGCGCCCAUGCUGUUUCCGGUGACGGAGGAGGACCCCAUCCUGGGCAGCUUUGGCCGCUGCCUGCGCUCCGACGUGCUGAGCGUGUGGAAGAGGAGCCAGAGGCAGGGCCGGCGCGAGCUCUGGCUCUUCUGGUGGGGAGAUGACCCCAACUUCGCCGAUCUCAUCCACCAGGAGUUGACUGCUGAGGAUGACGGCGUGUGGGAGAGCGGCCUGUCGUACGAGUGCCGCACGCUCCUGUUCAAAGCCAUCCACAACCUGCUGGAGCGCUGCCUGAUGAACCGCAGCUUCGUGCGCCUCGGCAAGUGGUUCGUCAAGCCCUACGAGAAGGACGAGAAGCCCAUCAACAAGAGUGAGCACCUCUCGUGCGCCUUCAGCUUCUUCCUGCAUGGGGACAGCAACGUGUGCACCAGCGUGGAAAUCAACCAGCACCAGCCCGUCUACCACCUCAGCGAGGAGCACCUCACCCUGGCCCAGCAGGCCAGCACCCCCUUCCAAGUAAUUCUGAGUCCAUUUGGGCUCAACGGGACGCUGACGGGACAGUCCUUCAAGCUGUCGGACCCGCCCACCCAGAAGCUCAUCGAGGAGUGGAAACAGUUCUAUCCCAUCAGCCACAGCGCCAAGGAGAAUGCCGAAGACAAGAUGGAGGACGUGGACUGGGAGGACGACUCCCUGGCUGCGGUCGAGGUCCUAGUUGGUGGCGUUCGAAUGGUGUACCCUGCUUGCUUGGUGCUGGUGCCCCAGUCGGAUAUCCCCACUGUGGUCCCGGUGGGGUCCUCUCAUGGCCCGACCGUUUAUUCGGGUAGCCACCAAGUGCCUGCGUCCCAGCGCGACCCUGCCAUCUCGUCGGUCACCCUCACCCCACCCACCUCACCUGAGGAGGCUCAGACAGUGGACUCUCAGUCUGCUCAGAAGUGGGUGAAACUGUCCUCAGUGAUGGACGGCUUCAGCACCGACACCACCAGCCACCACGGCGGCAAGAUCCCCCGCCGCAUGGCCAGCCAGGUCGUGGAGCGCGUCUGGCAGGAGUGCAACCUCAAUCGCACCCAGAACAAACGGAAAUUCUCAGUGACGGCCAACGGUACGGGUGAGGCGGACGUUCCGGAGAAAGUGGGGGCGUGGGACUUUGUGGAGGCCACUCAGCGGUCCACCUGCCACUGCUCCAGGCAUAAAAACCUGAAGCAGCGAGCCGGCGUUCCUCCCGGGCAGCCCCCCACCUCAGGCCAGACCCCCCAGCCGCCCACCAAGCACAAGACGGGCGAGAAGCCCGAGAAGGCCGACAAGCAGCAGAAGCGCCAGCAGAUGCCCUUCCACCACCGCAACUCCACCUGCGAGGACGUGGCCCUGGAGCCCGACGCCUCCGGCCAGCGCCUGGCCCUCCGCGGGCCCGACGGUGGCGGCGGCGCCACGGCCCGCUUCCCCGGCAUGCGGCCCUCCGAGGUGGGCCCCAACGUCUCCUCCAAGCCUCCCCAGCUGCACGGCGGCGGCGGUGGAGGAGGAGGCGGUGGAGGGACGGGUCCCGGCGGCUCCGUUGAGAUGGCGGGCUCGCCCCAGCCGCCCCCUCUCAGCCCGCACCCGUGCGAGCGCAGCGAGGAGACAUCCGACUCGCUCAAGAACCCCUCCACGCCGCACAGCCAACACUUCUACCCGCAGCCGCCCUCCUCCGAGCCCUGCCUGCUGCCUCAGAAGGGCGGCGGCGGCGGCGACGAGCCCCGCCUGGAGCCGCUGCAGCCCCCCUUCCACUCCGGCGUGGCCAACUACCCCGAGCCCCUGGAGCCCACCGUCUACGUGGGCACCGCCGUCAGCCUGGAGGAGGACGGCGGCGGCGGUGGCGGGGGCAGCCACGCACCCUGGCGCUUCUUCAACCUGCCGCGGAGGAAAGAGGGAACAGAGUUCUACACGCCGAAUCUGCCCUGGGACAAGCUGCGCGAGGAGGCGGCACAUGGGCAGGAUGGAACUGUGUCUGUCACCGAACGUAUGGCCACCUCGAAGAGGCCCAUGAAGGUGUCUGAAGAGCGUGUGCAGAUGUACGUGCAGCAGCAGAACAAGUACCUGUCCUCGGCCUCCAUCUCUGACGGCGACCACGAGCCCGAGGUGGACCCGUACGCCUUUGAGGACGGCGACGUGAAGUUCUUCUUCCCCAACGAGAGGAAAGACAAGUCGGGCCGCGAGCGAGAGCCGGGGAAGAAACACAAGGGGGAUGAUGGUGGAGCCGGCACCUCAGACGACGCUCAGCGCACAGCAAACCAGGCCCGCACCGCCCCGGCCAGCCUGAUCCACGAGAACGACCUGGCCGUCUCCAUGAACGACCUGGACAACCUCUUCAACUCGGACGAGGACGAGCUCACGCCCGGGGCCAGACGAGGCGUCAACGGGACCGACGACAAGUUCGGCGCCAGGGAGCCCAAACCAGCCACGCUGGACCCCGUGUCCUGCAUCAGCUCUGCCGACCUGCACCAAAUGUUCCCCACCCCGCCGUCUCUGGAGCAGCACAUCAUGGGCUACUCCCCCAUGAACAUGGGCAGCAAGGAGUACGGCAGCAUGGACCCCGGGGCUGGCAUGACCUCGCUGGACGGGGCCUCUGGUCUCGGGGGCCAGUUCAAGAUGGAGGUGGAGGAGAGCUUAUGCAGCCCCAAGCCCGCCGAGAUCAAGGACUUCUCGUUUGUGUACAAGCCGGAGCUGUGGCAGGCGUUUGUCGGCUGCUCCAUGUUCGCCCCGCUCAAGAUGCUACCCAGCCAGUGUCUGCAGCCCCUCAAGAUGCCCGACGAGUGCAUCUACCGGCCCAGCUGGACCGUGGGCAAGCUGGAGCUGCUCAACUCCAUGCCCUCCAUGAACUUCCUCAGCAAAGAUGGUAACAUCCCCAGCGUGGGUAGUGCCAUGGAGCAGGAGUACCAGUCCUACACGCCUCAGACGCACACGCCCUUCAUGUCGAACAGCGCGCCGCCCAGCAACAGCGCCACCACGGGCAUCCUGCCUUCGCCCGCCACGCCCCGCUUCUCAGCACCCACGCCGCGUACCCCUCGCACCCCCCGAACGCCCCGCGGGCCCGCCAGCGUGCAGGGCUCGCACAAGUACGACAACUCGGACCUGUACUCGCCCGCCUCCACGCCCUCCACGUGCCGCCCGCUCAACUCGGUGGAGCCGGCCACCGUGCCGUCGAUUCCGGAGGCGCACAGCCUGUACGUGACGCUCAUCCUGUCCGAGUCGGUCAUGAACCUGUUCAGGGACUGCAGCUUCGACAGCUGCUGCAUCUGCGUGUGCAACAUGAACAUCAAGGGCGCCGACGUGGGCGUCUACAUCAGCGACCCCAACAUGGAGGCGCAGUACCCGUGCGGCUGCGGCUUCAGCGCCGUCGUCAACCGGCGCUACGGCAACGGCUCGGGGCUCUUCCUUGAGGACGAGCUGGACAUCAUCGGACGCGGGUCGGACGUGGGCCGGGAUGCCGAGAAGCGGUUCGAGAUCCUGCGCAGCUCGUCGCUGGAGAGGACCGGCGGCGGGGGGAAGGACCGCGUGCCGGACGAGCUGAUCCUGCUGAUGAAGGACCAGUGCACUAACCCCUUCUCGCCCAUCUCGGGCCUGGAGAUGGACGGCAGCGCCGCGGCGGUGGGGACGCCCGGCAGAAUGCCCUGCGCUCCCCCCUGCGUGCGCGUGGAGGAAAGGGACUUCCACAGCGACUGCUACAUGGCCCUGGAGCACGGCCGGCAGUUCAUGGACAACAUGUCGGGAGGGAAGGUGGACGAGACGCUGGUGAAGAACACCUGUCUGCACCACUGGGCCAAACAGAACGCCGUCGACGGGAGCACUCUGUGCUCGCAGGACGUCCUGCGGGUUCUGCUCUCGCUCCAGCCGGUGCUGCAGGACGCCAUCCAGAAGAAGAGGACUCUGCGCGCCUGGGGGGUUCAGGGCCCCCUGACCUGGCAGCAGUUCCACAAGAUGGCCGGACGAGGCUCUUAUGGCACGGAUGAGUCGCCGGAGCCCUUGCCCAUCCCCACGUUCUUGGUGGGCUACGAGUAUGACUUUGUGGUGCUGUCUCCCUUCGGCCUGCCCUACUGGGAGAAGCUGCUGCUGGACCCGUUCGGCUCGCAGCGGGACGUGGGCUACCUGGUGGUGUGUCCCGACAGUGACGCCCUGCUCAGCGGAGCCAAGAGCUUCUUCAAGGAGCUGACAGCGGUCUAUGAGGCCUGUCGUCUUGGCCAGCAUCGGCCCAUAUCAAAGGUUCACGCAGACGGCAUCGUCAGAGUGGGUGGGGCUGCUGCCAAGAAGCUCUCGGACCAACCGGUCAACGAUUGGUUCUUGAAAGCAGCCAGUGGCAACAAUGACUCCUUCGCCAAGCUCAAGCUCUUUGCUCAAGUCUGCAGGCAUGACCUCGCUCCAUACCUCUCUGCCCAGCCAUUGGAUUCCUCCCUCCUCACUCAGCCAAGCCCCGCCCCAGCUGCCUUCAGCCAAUCGUCAUCCGCACAGUCCUCAGGCUCCACCCCCUCCGCUGGCUCCCAGGGCACGGCAGCGUCUGCAUCUGCCGGCGCCGUCUCCAGCAACGGCGCCCCCGGCAACAAUAUCAACAGCAGCAGCACCACCACCAACGCCACGGGGCUGGCAUCGGGCACCGCUGGGGGCACCCCUUCUUCCACCUCCACAGGCCCUCAGGGCGCCAGUGCCAUGCAGUCUGCCAAAUCCAGCUCCUUCGCGCCCUUCGGGAGUCUGGGCGUGCAGGGCGGCGGCACGCAGGUGGGCUCCAUGAACCAGCAGACGGGCGGCCAAAACACCGGCCUCCCCGGAGACGCCACAGCCGGCGUUAACCAGACGCAAGCCCCCACCGAGCCGAUAGAGAGCACCAUGGAGAAGGAGAAAGUGGGCAUUCCCACAGACGGCGACUCUCACGCCAUCACGUAUCCCCCGGCCAUCGUCAUCUACAUCGUGGACCCGUUCUCCUACGAGGACGCCGACGGUGCCUCGGCCCACUCCAGCGUGUGGACGCUGGGCCUGCUGCGCUGCUAUCUGGAGCUGGUGCAGCACCUGCCCCCGCACAUCCGCAACUCCAUCUCCGUGCAGAUUAUCCCGUGUCAGUACCUGCUGCAGCCGGUGCAGAACGAGGAGAGGCACAUCUACGCCCAGCACCUCAAGUCCCUGGCCUUCUCCGUCUUCUCCCAGUGCAGGCGGCCCCUCCCCGCAUCCACCAACGUCAAAUCACUGACGGGCUUCGGCCCCGGUCUGGCCCUGGAAACUGCCCUCAAGAGCCCAGAGAGGCCCGAGUGCUUGCGACUGUACACGCCGCCGUUCAUCCUGGCGCCGGUGAAGGACAAGCAGACGGACCUGGCCGAGACGUUCGGCGAGGCCUCGCAGAAAUACAACGUGCUCUUCGUGGGCUAUUGCCUGUCCCACGACCAGCGCUGGCUGCUGGCCACUUGCACCGACCAGUACGGAGAGCUGCUGGAGACGUGCAUCAUCAGCAUCGACGUGCCCAACAGGGCGCGGAGGAAAAAAGGCUCUGCCCGACGGCUCGGCCUGCAGAAGCUGUGGGAUUGGUGUUUGGGUUUGGUGCAGAUGACAUCGGUGCCCUGGAGAGUGGUGAUUGGACGCCUCGGUCGAAUAGGACACGGAGAGUUAAGAGACUGGAGUAUUCUGCUGAGCAGGAGGAAUCUGCAGUCUCUGAGCCGCCGGUUGAAGGACAUGUGCAGGAUGUGUGGCAUCUCCGCUUCCGACACUCCCAGCAUCCUCAGCGCCUGCCUAGUUGCCAUGGAGCCCCAGGGCUCUUUUGUCAUCAUGCCAGACUCCGUGUCCACGGGCUCCGUCUUUGGCCGCAGCACCACCCUCAACAUGCAGACGUCUCAGCUCAGCACCCCUCAGGACACCUCCUGCACGCACAUCCUGGUGUUCCCCACCUCUGCCUUUGUCCAGGUUGCCACCUCCAACUACACCACCGAGAACAUCGACAUCGCCUUCAACCCCAUCAACGAUGGAUCAGAUGCCAUUGGUGGUAUCUUUGACCUGCUGGAGCAGGAGAAUGAAAUGGUGGACCCUGAUAUCAUCAACAUCCUCCCCGCCUCGCCCACCAACUCCCCGGUGCACUCGCCAGGAUCCCACUACCAUCACGGAGGAGACGGCAGCAAGGGCCAGAGUACCGAUCGCAUGGAGUCUCACGAGGAGACCCCCAACAUCCUCCAGCAGCCUCUGGCGCUUGGCUACUUCGUAUCGACAGCUAAAGCGGGCCCACUGCCUGACUGGUUUUGGUCCGCCUGCCCACAAGCCCAGAACCAGUGCCCCCUCUUCCUCAAGGCCUCGCUGCAUAUUCACGUGUCCUCAGUGCAGUCGGAUGAGCUGCUCCACAGCAAGCACUCUCAUCCACUGGACUCCAAUCAGACCUCAGACGUGCUCAGAUUUGUGCUGGAGCAGUACAAUGCCCUCUCCUGGCUGACCUGUGACCCUGCCACACAGGACCGGCGCUCCUGUCUGCCCAUCCACUUUGUGGUGCUCAACCAGAUGUACAACUUCAUCAUGAACUUGCUGUAAUGCAUUACGAGCUCCCUGAACAGCCAAGCAGGAUUUUGACCAGUCCGGAACAGAAGGAGGCGGAAGAGACCAUCGGUCGAGGCCGGGGGUUUUAGGAGAGGCACCCUGAAGGGAUUUAGCAUGUACAGGUGCAGUCAGCGCUGGACUUUUUUACGUAGUGGAAGACGACGUGGGAGAUCUGAACGAGAACGAGGGUUCCCGUUUGCAGGAUUAUGUCUGCAGACCAGCCCCUUUUGAUGUCAGUGACACACAAAAAAACUAAAACAUGCUUUCAGCAACAUGGAAAACGGGUCUAUGGGAAAAGGAAAAGAUGUGGUUUUGGAAGUUGAGAAGCCCGACCACAGGAGAUGUUGAGAUGAAGAACAACAGUGUGAUUUUGGCGUUGGUUUUGUUGAUCAUUGUAAUCUGACCUGUUUUUAAAAGACUCCCUGCAAUGAAUGGAAAUGAAAUUGAUUGUUGGUGACGGUGAUGCUAGCAAAACCGAGCAUAUUCAUCCUGGCUGCCACAGGUGCUUUGACAUCCGAAUCAGCCGGUUCGUGUCGGAAAUGUGUCUGUAAAUUAUUGGAAGCAAAGGGACAUUUCAAUCUAAAAGGAAAUCAUGGAUUUUCAACCCCUGAAGUUUCCUGUUUGAAUACCUGCAUUGUUCUUAUUUAUUGUAAGUUUCUAAAUGUAUAAUUUGUUUUAUUUCUUAACUUCUUUUAUAUAUGAAAUGUUCUAGAAGGUUUAUAUUGCCUUCCUGCUUUAAAGCAAUUGGUCUAAAAUGCGUUAUUGUCUUAAUUAAAAAAAAUUACAAACACACAAAAACAACAAAAAAUAUAAUGAAGUUGCAGUAGGUUGCUUUUAGAAUAUUAUUUUUUGUAAGGGAGAAUAUUUGUAUUGUCACAUUGUACAGAAGAAAUAGGUUGGGGAAAUGUACCCAUGCCUCGGUGUGUGAGUUGGGGGGUGGGUGGAAGUGGGGCGGGGGGCCUGAAUUGCAGCUAAGCUGCUGCUGAGGAGGGCAUGUACAGCAAUGAUUUCACUGUGUUAAAAAUAAAGAGGUACAUUGUCGUAUAUAGUAUUUUAUACCACACAUUUAGACCCAGAAAAAAUGGCAAUAUAUAAAUAAUUAUAUUUGAAUUUCGUGCCAGACAUGGGUGGUGCGGCUUCUGUUUUAGGAAUAAAGUGCGUCAACUCGA